GCAUCCUUGCUGCCUUGUUGGUGGCACCAGUGGUGGACACUGCUCGCGUGGUUGAGCGAGGCUCCAAAGCUCAAGAACCCGAUGGCAAGUGCACAGCCCAAGACGUGCUCUACGCAGAGGGCGCGCCUGCAGGCUUCGAGAACGAGAACCCAGAUGUGCUGUCCUCGCAUAAGCUGCUAGCGUCGCUGGCCCCUGGCGUUGAUCCGAGUGCGCUGGUGACGUGCUACAACUUGCACCGGCAGUCGGACAGAUGGAGGCUGUCAUGGAAGCAGAAGCUGGCUGACAAGCUCAUCCAGGCUGGCCGGGCUACACUGGACUCCAGCCUCCGAAAAAGUUUGCUCUGGCCGGUGGUCAAAGGUGUGCUGGGUUUGCGGAAAGGGAGCUUGGCCACAGAUCUGCUAACCUGGGCCUUCGAGCAUGAAGAUGGGAAGAAUCCAUUUUGCAUGAAGGAAUCGGAUUCAGCCGAGAAGAAAAUGAUGCUACGACG